UCUCCUGUAUUUAAUGGUUCAUAUAUUUGCAGUACAACUUAAAAAAAAUGGCGACUCAUUGUAGCAAUGGUAAUAAUGAUAACAACGAAAAUAUACCGGCAAUACCGCCACCAUCGGUUAGAUUAGACAUUGCCGACCGCAUGAAACGCUGGCAUGGAAAGGUUGCAGUUGUGACAGGCGCCAGUGGAGCAAUUGGUGGUGCUAUUGCAAUUGAACUAGUCAAAUCAGGAAUGAUCGUGUGUGCGCUGUCCAGACGACGUGACAAAGUAGAAAAGUUACGCGUUAGUCUCUUUGACGUAGCUGGUUCCUUGAAUUACGUUGAGUGUGAUAUUACUGUGGAAGACGACGUCAAGUAUGCAUUCGGGUGGAUUGAAAACACAUAUGGUGGAGUAGAUAUGCUAGUUAACAACGCAGGCAUUAUAACGAAAUGUUUGCUAACAGAGAAGAAUAAUACAAGAGACCUAUACAAGACAAUGGAAACGAACAUCAUUGGUUUAUCUUUGUGCACUCGCGAAGCUGUUAAAUCAAUGAAAGCACGUGAUGUAAAAGGUCACAUCAUAAACGUAAACAGCAUAUUUGGACAUAAAGUACAUCAAGCCGUUCCAGGAACGCGACCAUUGAAUGGAAUGUACCCAGCAUCAAAGUACGCAGUCACUGCAAUUACUGAGUGUAUUAGACAGGAACUUGUCUAUUUAGGCACGGGCUGUAAAGUUACAAGUAUUAGUCCAGGUUUAGUAGAAGGUGAUAUUUUAUCAACAAAUACAUCAAAGGAUAAUGAAAUUGUUAAUUACAUGCCGAAACUAAAGCCUGAAGAUGUUGCAGAGGCAGUAUUAUAUGCAAUCACAACACCAGAAAAUGUUCAAAUACACGAACUAAUAAUCAAACCUAUGGGCGAGUUCUUGUAAGUUAACAUGAAGUGAUCAAUGAAAAAGGGUCGGUCUCGUGGUACAGUCGUCAACUCGUACGACUUAACAACAUAUCAUAGGUUCAAGCCCUGAAUGGACCGUGCCCACAUACGUAGGACUGACUAUCCUACUAUGGUAAUCAAUAAGUCACCGAAAGCCAAAGCCCAUUAGUAGUACAGGCAGGCUAUGACCGACAACGGUUGUUGUACCAAAGACGACGAUCGAUGGAAAUAGAGAGUUUGGAAGAGGAAAAACAAUUUUUGCAUGUAAUAAAACUAACUUCUUUACAUUUUAAUAUAUUUUGGAAUAAAAGUCACUUUAUAAAACCAAAAAGUUCGAUACAGCUAAAAACUUUGCGUAUCCGGUAGUGAAUUCAAGACCAUUGGAUAUUUUGGUUUUGAUAUGUCUUGUGUCAAACGUAGACAGCGGUAAUCGCUUUUGCGGGCGUGCCUGCGUUUUUCGAAAAUGUGUGGAAUUUGACAUCCGCCGCAGAUGUUUGUUUGGAAAGCUUGCAUUAGAAUCAAACAAUUUUAAUUUUUCGCACGCACGCCCGCACGGUCACAGGAACGAUUACCACUACCUAAUCAGCGCCUACCACAACUAUAUGGACAGUCGUUUUUCACGAUUUGCGGAAAAUCCAUCGCGGAAGAGAUAGAUAAAAACAGUGAAUGCAUGGGUUGUGCAGAAUACUUUUUCACAUCUUCGUGAAUAAUAAUAGU